CACUGCAGCAGCAGCUGCUGCUGCUGCGCAGCAGCUGCCUACCACCAGAAGCACUUGAGCCAGCAGCAGCUGCUGCUGACAGCGGAGCAGAUGCAUGCACCAGCAACAGCAGCAGCAGCAACAAAAAUAGCAGCAGCAAUGAUGAACAUGCAGCAGCAGCAGCAGCAGCAGCAGCACCGCAUCCAGGCAGACCCCCUAAGAAGGCAAAGCUAAAGGGAGCAGCAGCAGCAACCGGACAAGCAGCAGCAGCAAAGUCUGCUGUUGCUGCUGCUGCUGCAGCUGCCAGCAGUCUAUGUGCUGCUGGUGCUGCUGCUGCAGGCCCUCAAAGCAAGCAGCAGGAGUUGCUGCAGCUGUUUGCUCGUCGUGUUGUCUUGUUGCUGCAGCUGCUGGACCGGGCAGACAGCAGCAGCAGCAGCAGCAGCAGCAGGAGCUUGGAGCAGCUGGAGAAGCAGGUGCAGCAGCAUCUACCUUAUCUGCUGCAGCAGCAGCAGCAAAAUGUGCUGCACCUCCUUGAGUAUUGUGCUGCUUUUUGCUUCUGCUUCUCUCAAUCUUAUUUGGGGGUUCCUGCUGCAGCAGCAGCAGAAGCAGCAGCAGCAGCAGCAGUAGGAUCAGCAGCAGCAGCAGCAGCAGAGGCGCAGACAGAACUGCCUUCUAUCUUGCUGCAGCAAGCUGCCAAAGAAGUGCUACGUCGAUUCAAGAAAGCAGCAGCAGCAGCAGCAGCAGCUCCUGCUGCUGCUGCUGCUGCAUUACCUGCUCCCCCCACUGCUGCUGCUGCUGCUGCUGCUGCUGCUGCUGCUGUUGCUGCAGCAAAGGACGCCAUCCAAAGGUUUCGAGUUGGCUUUGGGUUCUCUGAGCAGCUGCAGCACAAUCUCCUCUUUAAUGUGUUGAAUUGCUGGCAGCAGAAGCAGCAGCAGCAGCAGCAGCAACAGCAGCAGCAGCAGCAGCAGCAGCAGCAAUACAGCGAUACAAUAGAUACAUCUGGGGUGUACAUACAGCGCAACUGCAUAGCUAAGUUGCCAAUCUCUGACAGAUUAUACUUUUCAAUAGCCAAGCAGCAGCAGCGGCAGCGGCGCAACAGCAGCAGCAGCAGCAGCAGCAGCAGCAGCAGCAGCAGCAGCAGCAGCAGCAGCUCGUCUAUCAAUACAGCCAAGAUAGUUUGCUGCGACACCGCCGGAGAAAUUUUUGUAUUAAAAUUUUUUCUGCGUAAAUUUAAUAAUUAUAAGGAGAAGCAGCUGUAUAUGCAGCAGCAGCAGCAAGCAGCAGCAGCAGCAGCAGCAGCAGCUGGAGCAGCAGGUGCAGCAGCAGGGAAAGGUAGCGAGGUGCAGCAGCAGCAGCAGCAGCAGCAGCAGCAGCCAGGAGAUGAAUUGGCAAAAGCAAGGAUAUGGUUCCCUCAGCUGCCGCGGCUGCAGCUUGAUGGAUCAGCAGCAGCAGCAGCAGAAGCAGCAGCAGCAGCAGAUGAAGAAGCUGCUGCUGCUGCUGUAGCAGCAGCAGCAACAGCAGGAGCAAAUAGUUCAGGGGGUGCAGCUGCAGCAGGCUGCUGCUGCAGCAGUUGCUGCUGCUGCUAUAACGUAGAACUAGAGAUGAACUUUGCUGCUCCUCGCAGCAGCAGCAGCAGCAGCAGCAUGUCUAUACACUGCAGCAGCAGCUAUUUGCUGCUAGCAACAAGAGAUCCUUAUGUUGCAUUAUAUGCAAUAAGUAAGGAUGUACCAUCUAACAGCAGCAGCAGCAGCAGCAGCAGCAACAGCAGCAACAGCAGCAGCAAACGGUGUAGGAUGUUGCCAUUAUUGGGGUUGGCGCUUCCCCCGGUUGCUGCAUCUGCGCAGCAGCAGCAGCAUCAGUUUGCUGCUGCGCAUGCAGCAGCGGCAGCAGCAGCAGCAGCAGACCUACCGCAGCCUCUGCUGCUGUCUGCUGCACCUUUGCUGCCUUGUGCUCCUCUGCCUACUUCUUUUCCUCCUUAUCUUCUUACUCCCCCUGUUCCUCCUGCUCAGGUGUCUCUGCAGCGCUCCUUCUUGCUGCAGCAGCAACAGCAGCAGCAGCAAACAGCAGCAGCAGCAGCAGCAGCAAAUAAAUUACUACCUGCAGCAUGGGACACUUCUGUUGAAUUUGCUGAUUGGAUUUCUGAUGCAGAAGAAGUAGGAGAUGAAUAA